AUGACGCCAGCGUCGGCGUCACUCGAGAAGUUUCCACUCCACGUCACAAAGGUGCUACCCUCGUGCUUGCCAGAGGUGAUGGGGUACAGACGGAUCGUGCUGAGGACUGAGGUGUACGUGAGCUCCGGGGAGGCGGUGAUGACCGAAGUGCUCCUCCUGCUUCACGUCGAGUACUGUGCCGUCCUUGAAGGUCCACUUGACGAGGUCCGUGUCUGGCGAGGCGCCCUUGAUCCACUCGGACUUGUCGAGCUUGCUCCAAAACUUGCUAAAGUCCUGGAGCUUGAUCAGGUGCCAGACCUGGGAGAGAGGCGCGUCAAUGACGGCCGAUUCGAGGACGCUGGCGGCGGUGGGGAUUGA